AUAUAGGAGAAUUUUUAUCUUCAAAAAAAACAAAAAAAAAACACUCAUGAUCAGUUAAGCCUAAAUAAACAAAAAAAGGUCAGUGUGAGAGAGUGCGUGAGAGCGACAAGAAGCGCGUGAAUGUGAAAGUUCUUGCGUGUGUUCGUACAUGUGUUAACGUUCCAUAUAUAGUGCGUGAGCCCUGCCAUAAAUACCCACCAUGGAAUCUAUAUGCAGUCUUCCAAAAUCAACUGGAUGGCGGCUCCAACUGCGGUACUUGGUGGCAUUCCUGGGUUUUUUGGGUGCCAUGGUAGACUAUAUCGUCCGGUACAGCAUCAGUGUAGCUAUCGUGGCCAUGGUCAACUCCACGCACCCUGUGAACAACGCCUCCCACGCGAACAACACUUGCCAGGCCGCCCUCAACGUCACGGAUGAAGCCGGUGACGCCGAGUAUGAGGGAGCCGGCGAGUACAACUGGACGAUCCAGCAGCAAGGCAUCAUCCUGGGGACUUUCUUCUGGGGUUACUUCAUCACGAAAAGCUCAGGAGGUCGUAUAAGUGAGCUUCUCGGCGCCCGAGAAACAAUGGCCGUGAGUCUGGGCGCGUCAGGUUUGCUGUCCCUGCUAUGUCCUGCGGCGGCCCAUGUGCAUCCCCUGGCGCUGGCAGGGGUAAGACUGGUGAUGGGCCUCGUGCAGGGCCCUGCCAACCCUGCUCUUUACAGUGUCCUCUCCAGGUGGUCGCCGCCGGACGAGAUGGCCACCCUGGUCACGUUAGCCUACUCAGGUAUAGCCGGCGGCAGUCUGGUGGCGCUGGGAGCCUCGGGGUGGGUGGUGAACCUUCUUGGCUGGCGAUGGAUUUUCUGGGGCGGCGGCAUCUUGGCGCUGGCCUGGACGCCCGUGUGGCUCUUCUUCGUCAGGAACUCCCCCGAGCAGCACCCUCUUAUCUCUCGGGCGGAGCUGGAACUCCUUGCAGACACCCUCCACGUUAAGCCAAGGGUGAGCUCGAGUGUGUCCCUCACCGGCACACGCAGUGGCUGA